AUGGCUUUCAAGAAUGUGCUUCUCGUUUUAGCCCUGAUAACAAUGGCAUUGGCAACUUCAACUGCAGUGAGAAACGAUUACAAUAACCUCCACAUUAAGCCUGGUUACAAUCUUGCGGAGAGGCUGGUGGCCAGCAGAGGCCUAACUGAGUGUUGGCAUGCAUUUUUUGAGCUGAAGUCUUGCACGAACGAGAUUAUUUUGUUUUUCCUCAAUGGUGAGGCGAGUCUUGGUGGGGAUUGCUGCAAUGCCGUGGAUAUCAUCACCCGGAAUUGCUGGCCAGGCAUGCUCAUUUCUCUUGGUUUCACAGCCGAGGAAGGGAACUUACUGGCAGAGUACUGUGAUGCACCUCCUGCACCUGGAGCAGCUCCUCCUGUUGCUGAUGCUGAUGCUGAUGCUUCUUCGAUGAUCAAUCAGCCUCAGGUUUUGGUGUAG